AUGCAGACACCGCCUCUCGCCACGGGCGUAUCCAUUCAGUACCCCAUCGACCAUACGGCAGCGGGCUCCACGUCGGAACGUCACGAGACGCAGCCCGAGUUCCCGUUUGCCUUUCCAGCAUCUUCGCUGCCACUGUCCGACCCUCCGUGCAGGUCCGACACUAUCGCGUACACUGCGUGUCAAGAACUCGCCUACCACUUUGCCUAUGAGAACGCGCGCCGAUCCGUGCAAGCGCUGCUACUCCAGACCAACGACACGAGUUUCUGCCAAGUGCUGCGGUUCUUUGUCAAGUACUGUGCGACGAACGAGUUGGCGGUCGCAGCAACAGGUUCCACACUAUUGUCCGCAUCACGUGCCGACUCGACUGCAGUUUCGGCUUCGCGAAGGCGACUGUGGGAUCCAAAUGCGCCUGUUUUGUUUCCGUCGUUUCACGCGUUCCCAACAGCUGCAGUGAUCACUGGCACCGAUGCAACAUCAAGUGAGUUGUGGGUGGAGCCAUUGCUGCAGAAAUUACGGCGUACGUUUCCUCUGUGUGUUGUCGUGCCUCGUGACGUGACCAGUGCUCGGAGACUAAUUGAGUGGCUGGCCGCAAAACUCGCCAAGCUUUGUGCAGCGAAGCAACGGGAGCACCAGUGGGUUCAAGUUGAAGUCGAGGCUUUCGAUCUACUGUCAGUCGACGCAUUGUCGGUACCGGCCGACAUUACCAGUCGACCGCUGACUCGACAAGAGCGAGCUAAGAGUUCUGGCAGUGCUGUUGAAACGGUGCAGGUGGAUGAAAAGGAUUAUGUACGCGACGAUUCAUGUUCGGAAGCGAGCUUUGCGUCGGAAGGGAGUGGUGAUGAGGUGAAGGCCGGCAUGUUCAUGAAAAAGAAGAGGAAACGACGACGUGCGUCGGUGGCUUAUGGACGAUGGACGAUGACGAAGCUACUGACAACGAUACGACGGGAUAUCCAAGAGCUGGUGUCGCUUGCUGCUGAUAGCAGUGCGAGCGGUGAGCGGAUUGCAAUGCUUGAUGAGAUGGUGCGCGAUCGACUUGAAGAAUCAUUGGCCCGGGUGGAGGAAGUACAAGGCCAGGAGGAAAAUGGGGUGUUUGAGAGGAUUGCAUGCUAUGACGAAGCAGUGGCAUGGCUGCAGCAUCGGAUCAGGGCGUGUCGGAAAAUAGCAGCAAAGUUGCUAAAUGUUGCACAUGAUACGAACGACCCCGUCACUGGCCAUGUUGGUGCGACGGAAAUGGCAUUGGCAUUGAUGCUGCAGCGUGUCUAUUGUCGGUAUAUGACGUAUAUGAAAGCAUGCACGAUGGAUCGAGCCGGAAUGAACGAUCGGCGAAGAUCACUGAAGCAAGAGAUGUCUAAUCAUGAGAAUUACUACCAUUUAAGGCGAGAUGCUAAGACACAGAACUUGGCGUCACGUCCGAUACCAAUUUCUCGUCAGUCGUUUUUGCUGCUAUGUAUUGAACAACUUGAAGCAUUUUCGCAGCAAGUGUUUGGUGAUUUCUUGGAAAUUUGGACACAUUUCGUUCGACAGCAAGAAGAAAAGGAUCACAUGAAUGCGGCGAGUAGCACGUUGGGGUUUGUCAUUGGAGUGACCUCAGCGACUGCGCCAGCCUUACGGCGUUUAGACUUGAGUGUGACCAACCGACUCGAGCUGCAAUUCUUCUCGCUCAUUGACUCUCGAAAGUGCUUCAACGACAUAUUGGAGGCACUGGUUGUGAAGGCAAAGUUACCGCUGUCACUUGGCGGCAACAUCGUACGAGCUAUUGCGAGCCGAUACCGUCGGUUGCCAAGCGUCCCACGUCUCCUUCUUGCACUGCGCUACUUGCUGUUCACACACUUCAGACGCUGUCCGUGGAGUUUCCUGGCUUUGGCUAUCGAUGGUUUGCCAUCAUCAGGUGAGUCUCCUAUCUUGUUAGCCGCUGAUGUUGCACCUUUACCGUAUCGUGUCUUAAGUUGGAUCACGCACCAUCGUCGGCACUUUAUGCGUGAAGCACAAGGAAGAGCUAUUGGGUCCGACUCUGCGCUCACGUCUUGGCUUGUUUCAUGCAGUGCGUUGGAGCUGAAAGACUUGGAAUCGCGAGUGAUGCCCUCUUUGUCCAGUGCUACAACUACCGACAACGAAUGGUUAAGUGACCUGGAGGCAGCAAUGCUUCGUGAACGUCGUCGUCGUGCUCGCUGGAGAUUGGGAUGGGAGUGCUUUCGCUCUGCUUGCUCGUGGCUGGACGUGCGCGUUGAUGGUAGCAAGGACGCAAAACACGGUGAAGAGGGAGGUCUGGCCGUGACACACUUGAUUCUGGCGCUUGAAGGCAGACUGGGCGAAGGACCACGCUAUAUGGAAGUACUGCGGCGAAUGCAGAGCUGUAGAUGGGCCUUGCUCUCGGGAAUGAUCGAGGACUGGCAUGCUUCGUAUCGUGUGUUCGGUUUGCAUGACGACGAAGGAGAAGACUUGGAAGGGACUUUACGUGAGUUGGCUAUGCUCUGUGCUUACGCACGAGCCGAGAAGACGCCCGCAAAGAUGCUUGCAGCGUUGCGAAGAGAGCUCGUGACUGCGUUUACUUGCCGACUCUUAUCUGCGUUAUUGCGUCCGUCAGCACCCGAUAGAGCAUCUCGUGCUGAUGCGCUGGUCGCAAGUUGGUCAAAGUUGACGGACGCUAACGUAUUGGAAGAACGGCUGCGAUUCGAGUACCACGACAAUCUUCGCAACGUGCUGCAAGAAGCUGGUAUUGGCAAAGACUCUGGGAGCCGCUUUGGUGCAAACACUCAAUCUUCGUGGGUUCAUGACGUAGGUCUUGCGUUCUUGUUUUACCAAGAGAGUGCAAGUGCGAGCUUGAGUCUUUCCGAGUGGUACGAAAGUUUUGCGCUGGAGCUACGGGAAGAAGCUGAUGCAGCACGAGAGAGCAAAGGCAAAGCCAUAGAGAGGAAGAAAGUGGACGACACGGCGAUGACAGCUCGUUUCGUUCGAGCAAUUUGCACCCUCCGUCACUGGGGCUUCCUUAGAAGCGACGCACCUCGUGACCAGGAGCAGGACAUUGUCGAGAAGCUGGUCUUCAUCUGA